CUUCGUUUUAUAAAUAUUAUAAUUGAAUCGCUUUUAGACUCCAAUUCUUUCAUCGUUCUAUCAUAGCAGGUAAAUUUGACAAAUAAGCGCUGAUGUUCCUUACAAUAACGCAGAGCCAAAAACACGCAAAUGUUUAAGUGCACAAGCUACUAGCACUGUUUUACCAACGAAAAGAGCCAAGAUACCAAGUACACGCUACAUUUUGAUCCAUUUUACUUGUUAUUUGCGUUUUUGCAUCAUUUUGGAGUUUAAUUGUUAAUGGUUCGAGUCAUAUAAUAUACAUAUUCCAUACUUUCACAACUGACCAACAGCGAUAUUUCUCACCCAAAAAUUAUCGUUCACUUUUAUGUUACGUAAUUAAAUCAUAAAAACUGAUCGAUCCUCUGCUGAGGUCAAAUUUCCACUCCGACCAAAAAUCAGGAGCGGUAAAAACAUCAAAAAAGAAAAAAUUAAGUACCGUGUUAAAAUCAAUCUCCCCUUUUAUUUUUAUUGAGGAGGUUCUUCACCGUUUAGCCACGCGGUCAAUCUGUUUGAAAGAGGCGUGCUGAGUUUUCCUCAGGCUUAAAUUCCAAUGCUGUCAACUCACCUAAGAGCAACUUGUUUUUGAGGAGAAUUUUGGAGCCAGAUUCAAUUCUGCCUGUCACGAUUUUUGAAAAGACUGCGCUUUAUUUUUCAUUAUUGUCUAAUGCAGAUUAUCAUCACCUGUUUUAUUGACAAAUGUUGACCUGAAAGUCAAAAUUUACCAAAUAAUAACCAUUGAUAUUUUUCCCAGAAAAAUUUUGAAACAAAAGGGCUCUAAGCUUCAAGCAAAGUAGUCCAAAAAAGAACCUUUUUUGUUACACUAUUUUGUUUGCUUAACUAUUGGGGAUUAAAUUUUAAUUUGCGGUGUUAGCUUGGAUUUACUUGUCUGCCAUCUGAACAAAUUUGUCUUCACGGCUAAAAUAUUGAAUUUUGAUUACCAUUGUCAAGCAAUAUUCAAGUCAAUAGCACUAUCUCCAUCAAGUGAUGUCGGGCCCGAAUCUCUCCCCUCCUCAUUCCGCUUCGGGACAUACGGCACUCAGUUCGAGCAACAAUAACAACCUCAACAAUAGCAACGUACGAUCAAAGUCCCCAAACAUCCCCCACGUGCGUAUUGAUGACUCAUCCUCAAUGGAAGAAAAGUUCGUCGUCCAAUCAGAUAGCCCUGGCAAGUCAGCGGUGGUUCUCGGAAAAGGCACGUUUGGAACUGUCUGUUUAGCUCAUGAAGUCGAAACUGGAAACAAGUUUGCGGUCAAAAAAGUAAGCAAGGAAAAAGCGGGAACUGUUGGGCUGAGAUUACUUCAAAGAGAGGUGGACAUUUUGAAAAGAGUUCAACAUCCCAACAUUAUUUGUCUUCUCAACAUAUUCGAGACUCCUCGGUCGAUGUAUUUGGUGCUAGACUACUGCGACAAAGGCGAUCUUAAAAAACAACUUAAAUUACAGAAAAAUGGACGUUUCACAGAACCGCAAGUGCAAGAACUCUUGCGUAAAUUGGCGGACGCUGUGUAUUACCUGCACAAAGACGGUAUCAUCCACAGAGAUUUAAAGUUAGAAAACGUUUUAUGUAUUUCAUACAACAGCCUCAAAAGUAGUCAAAAUAAGAAAGAUUCGUCCCAGAAACAUGCAAAGUUGACAACUUCUGAAAGUGCAGAUAUUGCGGAUAUUAACAGCGACCCGGCGGAGUCCAAAAAAGAGGAGCAAGUUCUGGACUUCGACGUCAAAUUGAUCGACUUUGGACUAAGUGUCAUCAAAGACGGCUACGACUCAAUGAUUGACACGUGGGUGGGAACGCCUCUUUACAUGGCGCCAGAGGUUGUCAAAAAGACUGGCUAUAGUCACCUAUGCGACAUUUGGAGUCUUGGUGUGAUGUUCCACCUGCUGAUUUCCGGGUCGUUCCCAUUCUAUUCCGAAGUGGAAGAGACUUUGUAUAAACUCAUUUGUGCUGCCAAAUUGAAAUUCAGUUCUCGAAGCAACCAUUCGUUGCCCACUUUAUCAAACAAUUCGAACUAUCUUUCGCCUUCGUCGUCAUUGUCCGCUACAGUCCAUCAGUCAUCUUCGGCAAAGUUCUGGAACACGGUUUCAGAGUCGGCUAAACACCUCCUCGGUAAAAUGUUACACCCUAUGCCAACUCACCGCUACAGCGCCGGUGAAGUUCUGGACCACCCUUUUGUAAGUGGAACUGACUGGAUUGGCAACCUAAGACAGCAAAGUAAUGUUCUGGAACUCAUGAGCGCAUGGGCAAACGACUGUUCGGGAGACGAACUCUCGAAUGAAGAAACUCCCCAGACUUCAGGCUCCUCGUCCAGAUUAUCGAACCUGGGUUCGACUGCCGACAAGGUCCAGAACGGAAAUAUAUCAACUCGUGCUUUUUCAUUGGUCGUGACAAGCGCAAGCGCGGAAACCAGCAAUGCAGAAGGCCCGGAAAAUGUCACAAACAAAGUUAGCUCAGUUUCAAGCAGCAAAAAGAAUUCAAACUGGAAAUCAGAUCCAAAAAUAAACUUAAGAGGCAAAAUGUCGGCAUCACUGGGAGGAAAAUAUGGUCGAAAAAGUGCAGGGGAAACUGAAAUGUCAACACAACUAGAAAAUAGGACGACCACGCGAGGAAACAGACUGGACGUCCCCACAAGCGACGCGAGAUCGCGCAACCACAGUGACGGAAAACUACCGCUGAAAACUAAUAAAAAGGACCUCAGCCCCAACCGGACAAUUAAGCCUUGAUAAAUUUUAAUUUGUAUAUAAUUAAAGUGGCAAACUUGGUCAGAAUUGUUCAUAAUACAAACGUGUUUCCACUUGAUUAUAGUGAUACUUGUAUAAGCGUUGAAGGCUGUUACACUUUUUCAUUUCUAAGCAAGUUUUUCGUGCCGAGAAUCCUGGCAUUGGUUUGACAAACUUUCCACAAAAAAAAACAAUUCAUAUAAAUCAAGUUUGAUUUUUAUGAUUCUAAAUAGUCAAAUGAAGAAAAUAGAAUACUUAUUCAUGUUGGUGAAUUAGUGGAAACAUGUGAAUUGUAGAUAUGUUUCUCUGCUUCAAAAAGAAAAUAAAAUCCUUCUGUAAAUUCUGCUGCUGGGGUUUUCUGAAGUUCACUGAAGUUCAUAUUGGAAUAAAUCAAUUCUACAACUCCUUUAAAAUUUAUUUUUAAUUUCUCUA